GCACUCAACAGUUGCAGCCUGAAUUACUACGUUCUGAGGCGAAGUUGGGAGACAGCGAGAGAGCCAAAAAAUGGGUAGGAAGAAGGAAGUGGUGUUUGACGAACAACCGCCGGACUUCGAUCCGGCCAACCCCUACAAGGAUCCGGUGGCGAUGAUCGAGAUGCGCGAGCAUCUCGUGAGGGAGAAAUGGAUCGACAUCGAGACCUCAAAGAUAAUCCGUGACAAGCUCCGGUGGUGCUACCGCAUUGAAGGUGUCAAUCACCUUCAGAAGUGCCGUCACCUUGUCGAGCAGUACCUCGAUUCUACUCGUGGUAUUGGAUGGGGUAAAGACGGUCGCCAUCCUGAUCAGCACGCUCCCAAGGUUCAGAGCUUGGAGUGAUGUCUUUUUAACGGUUAUUGAAUUGUCUUCUGGUUAUGCAUGUAGAAAUUGGAGAGAGGCUGGAGCUGCUUUCAUACACCAGUUUGGUUAAAACUCGCCCCCAGUUUAUCGUUUUUUUUUAUGUUCACACUCGUGAUAAUUUGACGUACCUUUUCUGCUUGCUUGACAAUCGUAGCCGAUCAUUAUCUGGAUCCAAAUUUCGGAUUUAACGAUAUUUGAUAAUAAAAAAAGGUUCUUGCUCUCUUGUUUGAUUGAAA